ACCUAGGAGAAGGAGGAGCCUGGUCUGAAAGCAGCUGUGUCCUCAGAGCUCAGGCCCUGGCGGAACCCAGGCCUCCCCCAAGGCUGAGGGCUGGGCAGUGUGCGUGUCACUGUGCCCGCACGGGGCCUAAGGGUGUGGUUGCACACUCAGAAACACCCAGGUUCCCUUGGGGAGCUCUGUGUGAGGGACCUCAGCAACGAACCCAAGAAAUGAUGUCACUUCCUGGCAACAGAACUCAACAGAACCCAGAACCCAGGGACCCAGGCACCACUGCGAGAGGAGACCCCAGCCAGAUCACUUGCUGCCAAGAUGUUCUGCUGUUUGCCCCUGCCCAGAGGCCGGGGCCUCGGGAGGGCUCACAGGCAGAGUGUGUGGGAUCGCUGGCGACGCUGGCUCAGGGCCCCCCGAGGAGGCCUCUGGCCCUUUGCCCGAAGGAACAGGAAGAGCUUCCCACCGGAUGUGGCCGACGAGGGGGACACGCCGUCCACCUCCUCGAGGGAGGGGUCGGAGCCCCACCCCCCUGCCCGUGAGGCCCAGUGCAGGGUCCAGGUGAGCGUGCCCAUGGAGGGGUCAGCCCAAGGGGCAGUGAAGAGCAAGAGGGGAAGGCCUCCCCAGAAACCACCCAGGACACACCGCGGGGCCCAGUCUCGGGCUGCUUCGCGGCUCAGCACACCUGGCUCCGACCCAGAGCCCCGAGCACCCCUCCCUCUGAGGCAGCACGAGGACCUGGAGCCCAGCGCGGCAGAGCACAGAGCUCUAGCUCUGACCUUCCAACUCAACCAGGCUCCAUUUCCAACACCUGUCCCUACAGAGGUGCUUGCUGCACGUGCAGGACCCAGGGAUCCACUGAGGGGACAUCGAGACCUGAUCCAUCCUGCCUCAAAGACACUGGACCAACUGGUUCCUGGCCACCACACUGGGCAGAUCGGACCUCUGUGCCUGCAGGACCCCCAGUCCCAGGCACCGAUGUCCCUCCCCCUCGGCCCAAACGUCCACCUCCACCUGCACCUGCACCCGCUCGGGCUUUGGCAGGAGAACCCGAACGCCCACGAUGACUGA